UUCUUCACCUCUGUAAACAUUCCGCGUUGUCAAACGCCAGUGAGAUGAAACAGCAACAGCAGCAGUGGCAGAGCUGAAGAAACAUACGUGGAUAUUUCAUUGAGCGCCUCAAGUAGCUAUUAUACGUUCUACAGAAAAUCUGACAUUUAUACGAAAGACACUCGUUGAGCCCACGAGAUUAAGCAAGCUGGAAAGUGAAAGUUUUAUUUUUAUAUAAGAAAACCAGUGCAACGGGAAAUUAUGAAACAGCUUGCGUUAACCUUGAUACUGUUUGCAGUGGUGGCAUUCGGUCAGCGGGUCGUACCGGGAGUCAAUCCUAAUCAGUAUCAACAGCAGCAAGGACAAUAUCAUCAACCACCUCCGCCACAGUACAACAAUCAGCAACCUCCACACCAACAGCAACAACAUUAUCAACAGCAACAACCUCAGUAUCAACAGCAGCAGGUUCCUGUACAGCCGCAGUACCAGCAACAUCAACAGCAGGCACCAGUGCAACAUCAACAACAACAGCAGCAACAGCAUCAUCCCGGUCAGGCCCAGCACCAUGGCCAACCCCAGCAGGUGUUGAACACGAACAACAUCCAACAUGAGAAGCAACACAUCGCUGAACAUAUGGAUGUACCGAUCGAUACCAGCAAAAUGAGCGAACAGGAGCUGCAGUUCCACUACUUCAAGAUGCACGAUGCGGACAAUAAUAAUAAACUGGACGGCUGUGAGCUGAUCAAAUCGUUGAUCCAUUGGCACGAAGAAAGUAAAAACCAGGAACAACCCGGCCAACCCGCUCACCAGGACAAGAUCUUCUCCAACGAUGAGCUGUCUGCGUUGAUCGAUCCGAUCCUUAGCUCGGACGAUCACAAUAAGGACGGCUUCAUCGAUUAUCCGGAGUUUGUGCGGGCGCAGCACAAGGCGGCCACUCAGGACGAACAGCAACCCCCGCAGUGAUCGUGGUGAUCGCUGCUGGUUGCAAUCUCGAUUCUUUAACUUUCCACCUUUCAAUGGACAGCAGUCCCCCAACCGAACCGAGCCAGAAACCAUAACGCAUAAUCAUGGGGUCAUGGAUCAUGAUUUGACGAAACAUUCCGAGAUUUGAAAUUGAAAGUAUUAGUUAAUGGCACAAGAUGCAGCUUCCUCCUGGCUGAGCGAAGCUGAACUAUUAUGACUAUGUUGUAAAACAACAAUCUCAUUGUCAAAUUUAUUUUCAGAAAGAAAAAACUUUCUCAACUCGUUUUUGUAUGACUCAAGAUACGUAUGAUCGUGUAUUUUUGUAAAUGUAAAGCAACGAGAAUUUUUAAGAAGCACAAAAUUGAUAGAAAAUACAAACAAUAACAUUAAGGGAUGUUGAUUGUACAUAUAAAGCAAAUAGUUUUUUUUUAAUUAAGACGUAAAACGAUGACCUAAGAUAGUGCUUGUCGCAAAUCAUUCAUCAUGUACAAUCAUUAUAA